GACAAUCGACAUAACCUAUGAUAUUUUUACUUUCAAGCAUGUAUUCAACAACAGUAACAAAAACCGAUGUGACUGUCUGAGCUUGAUGUUAUUAAAUAAAACUUUUAACAAGGUCUCUAAAAUAAAUAAAUGAGAUUAUUUUUUCAAUUAACAUGAAGUCUACAAAAAAGACACCCGAGUUUAAAGCAUUAGAAUUGAAACUUAACGAGAAUACUAUUUCACCACAUGUAAUUUAUUUCAAAGAACAUUCAGUACGAGAACAUACGAAUGAUAAACCGUCCGGACGAACACUAUUUAUCGUAAACAUACCUCCAUAUGCCGAUGAAAAAGGUUUAAUGAACGCUUUUAGUGCAGCUGGAACAGUCCAAUCUGUAAUAUUCUCAACAAAACCUAAUUCAACCUCAACAGAGACAAAUUUGAAUACAUUUCUAAAAAAACCUCAGAAACCAUCAUUUAAGGUAUGUUAUUUAGUAUUUAAAAAAGUGUCUGAAUUGGACAAAGCCCUUAAAUUAACUAAAUUAUGUCCCAUGAAUUCUAAUGGUCAUGAAAUAAAACUUGGAAUGAAAAAGUGGAUUGAUGAAUACAAUAAUUCAAUUGAAACACCUAAAGCAAUGAAGGAAAGAAUAGAAGCAUUUAUGAAAAAUUAUGAUAAAAAAUCUGAAGAAGUAGAAAAGCAAGAAAAGGCAUUAGAACAGGAAGACAGUGAAGGAUGGGUAACAGUUACUAAAAAAGGUAAAGUCCAAAGCUUUGCUCGUUCAGAAAAAGUGGAAAACAAAAUAAUGGCCAAGGAAGAGAAGAACAAGAAAAGAAAGGAACUAAAGAACUUUUAUACUUUCCAAAUAAGGGAGUCCAAGAUGAAACACAUUGUAGCUUUAAGACAGAAAUUUGAAGAAGAUAAGAAAAAGAUUGCACAAAUAAAACAAAGUCGUAGGUUUAAACCUUUUUAAAAUAAAACUUUAUCAUAUUUUAAA